AAACGGACGUGUUUUGCGUUGCCUCGGAUUUUAUUCCUUGCACUUUUUCAACUGGCGCGGACCAACAAACAAGUGUACAGCAAUAGCUACAUUUGUGGAUAUGGAGAAAAACAUUUCCUGUUGAAAUGAAGAUAACCCAGGCUUCCGUCUACAUCUUAUGCAUGCAAUGCCUUGCAUGGCUUUCAUUCAGACAGACACAAUCUUAGAGGUGCUUCACUUUGGGGAGGAGGGCCUAAUACAGAAAGAGUCCAACAUCAAUUCAUAUCAUCACAAAAGCUUGCCUCUACAGCAGGAAAACAGCAGGCCUAUUCGCUUCGAACCGCCAAUGCUCGACUUCUACGAACAGUCUGUUGGCAUGCCAAAAAUGGAAAAGGUUUAUUUGCACAACCCCAGCCCAGAAGAAAUAAGCUUAAUAUCCAUAUCCGCCACAACGGCACAUUUCCAUGCGUCGUUCUUUCAAAACAGGAUAAUCCAACCAGGGGGGAAUACAUCGUUUGACGUGGUUUUCCUGGCACGAGUAGUCGGGAACGUAGAGAAUACUUUAUUUAUAAAUACCUCACAUCACGGAGUGUUUACAUAUCAGGUGUUUGGCGUGGGUAUCCCUAACCCGUACAGAGUACGACCAUUUAUCGGCGCCCGGGUGCCUGUCAACGGCAGCUUUUCACCUCUUAUCAAUAUUCACAACCCCUACAGCGAACCACUGCAGGUUGUAGAAAUGUACACCAGUGGAGGUGAUUUACAUCUUGAACUACCCACGGGCCAGCAGGGAGGCACCCGGCAAUUAUGGGAAAUUCCCCCGUUUGAGACCAAAGGGGUGAUGCGGGCGAGUUUCUCCUCACGAGAAGCUGACAACCACACCGCCUUUAUCGGGAUCAAAACCAACGCCUCGGACCCAGACCAAUUUAUAAUCCUCUCCAUGGAGGUGGAAGUCACCUCAGCACCAGGAAUAUACUCCUCCAUAGAAAUGCUUGACUUUGGCAUCCUGCGCUCACAAGAUAAACCAAAACAACUGAAUUUACAUCUCCUCAAUUCAGGCGCAAAAGAUGUACAGAUUACUAGCGUUCGAGCAAGUCCAUCAAAUGAUGCUUUGACAAUAGACUUUAAAGCAAUCACGCUCAAAGCUGGGGAAAAUAGAUAUACCAAAGUUGCAAGUAUCAGUUUCCAUGCUUCAAAAGCUCUAAAACCCUCCCAGUCUUCGGGUAAAAUUACAGUAAAGGCAAAAGAGAAAAGCUACUCUAAACUUGAAAUCCCUUACCAAGCCGAAGUUUUAGAUGGGUAUUUGGGCUUUGACCAUAUAGUCACCCUGUUUCACAUCCGGGACAGCAUAACGGAGCCAAUGGUGAAGCCCAUCCACCUCACCAACACCUUUCACUUCCCUGUCCACAUCCAUGAUGUGGCCCUGCCAGAGGAGGCUAAUGCUAUGUUUAAGGUGCUGAACUUCACCCAGGCAGUGCUCAUCCCUCCUCAGGAGUCGCGCUACAUAUUCUCCCUGGUGUUCCGCCCGCUGCAGCCUUCCACAAACAUCAAUAGUAACAUACUGCUGGUCACUAAUGCCUCCAAGUUCCACCUGCCCAUCAGGGCUUACACGGGCUUUCUGGAGCCCCUGGUUCUACCGCCUAGUCUGAGUGAGCGCUUCCUGGACUUUGGUGUCCUCAGCGCCACUGACACCAGCAGCAUUCUGUUUGUGGUUUUCAAUCGUAACCCCAUUGAGCUGGUGCUGCAUCCAUGGCAGGUGACCGGCGAGAGUGUGAGCAUAGAGCUGGUGAAGACGGAGCGGGAUGUGAAGGCCAAUAUGGUGGCCCGCGCCAAAGAGCUCCACAGUGUCACUGCCUCCACACACAAAACGGUGAUCUUGGCCUCGGGCUACUACGCCGUGUUCCGUGUCACACUGCCAGCCAAAGACUUGGAGGGACCCUAUAACGCUGCCGUGCACAUCACAACAGACUAUCAGAUUUUGACCAUACCAGUAAAAGCAGUUAUUGCAGUGGGUACACUGACCAGCUAUCCAGAGCACAUCAUUCUACCUCCAUCAUUUCCGGGUAAAGUAGUCCACCAGAGUCUUAGUAUUGUUAGCUCCUUCUCCCAGAGGGUGAGACUCCUCCAGGUUCACUCCCUGACCAACGACAAGCGUUUCUACUACCGGCGGCUCAAGAACAGCCGUGAUGAGCUGGAACCCAAACGCAAAUCCAAGGUUGCAAAAAUAUAUUUUGAUCCCAGCCUCCUGUGCAGUGAUUACUGCUAUGUGGGGAUACCGUUUAUUCUCAAAUCGGAGCCUCGACCACCAGGGCUGUUUAUGCAGGAGGAUUCAUGGGACGCUGAUGUGGAUUUAUAUCAAAUGCUGCGCAAGAGAUGGAAGCAGCUGAAAGAUGAUUCUCAACAUGUGGCUGAGGCUGUGUUUGAGGCCAAUGCGGACCUUCAGAGAAACGUGCAGACCAGAGUCUCAGCUCAGCUGACGUGGCCUUCCAUCGUAAACUCUUCGCACCACAUCAUCUUCCCCCUCACCAGCAUAAACAGCUCCUCGGAGAUUGAGGUGAUAUUGGAGAACCCAUCUGACAGUCUCCUCUACAUUCAGAUUCUCCCCCUGGCACUCUAUCCUAACCUCUUCGUAUUUACAGAGAAACUGGCACAAAUGUUGCCCUGGGAGCGACUUCCCAACUUCAGCCACACCACACUGGAGUUUCAGAUUUACAAAAACCAGACGGCUCUGCCAAAAAACAAGGCAGGCUUUGUGGCAGGGGCAGCGCAGCCGUAUGUUUAUAACCUGCCACUGCAGCCGGAGGAGCUCAAGACACUGAAACUGAAGUUUUCUCCCAUCAGCAACCACACGGUCAGCUCUCUGCUCAUACUCAGGAACAACCUGACCGGGUUGGAGUUUUUGGUCACCCAGGGCCAAGGUUGCUAUGAGAGGUUAACGGUGGGGGGCAAGUAUCCAGGCCCUGGGGGCUUUCUCAGGUUCAAGAUGGCGGAGUUUCUCCUAAAAGAAUGCACAGAUAAAAACAGGCCAAAAGAAGUCCUCUUCACCAUGAAGAGAUCAUUCAAGGUCGAGAACACUGGUCAGCUGCCAAUCAUAAUCCAGUCCCUCGAGAUCAACGGCCGCCCCUGUGAAGGAUUUGGUUUCAAAGUUUUGAACUGUCAAGAAUUUGUGCUUAAACCAAAUGGUUCAAAAGACAUAGUCAUUAUGUUCACACCUGAUUUUACCUCCUCCCGGGUGAUAAGGGAGUUGAAGCUGACCACGGUGGGGGGCUCCCAGUUUGUCUUCUCCCUCAACGCCUCCCUCCCAUACCACAUGCUGGCGUCAUGCGCCUCUGCUCUGCCUCGGCCCAGUUGGGAGCUGGAGCUCUACUUCUUCAUCUCUGUCAUCAUGAGCUUCAUGUUCUUGUUGGUGAUUGUAGCAGCCUACCUAGAGGCCCUGGGCAUCUGGGAGAUGUAUAAAAAGCAUUUGUGCUACGAAGCCUCCAGCAACUCCAUUGAGACAGGAAAACCUUUUGACCUCAGGGAAAUAGUAAGACUUCAGAACAGUACAACACAGUCAGGAAAUAGAAACACCAGGGGAAGCCAGAGCCGCCCCUUGCCCCAAUCCUCUACCCCCUCCUCACAGCCGGGACCAAAAGCCCCUGACAGCACUGCUUCCCCUGGUCAGCACGCCAGCCGCAAGGCUCGUGCCACAAACUCCAAGCAGCCUCAGCAGAGCCUUCCUCCCCCAGCCAAAGGCCCCAGCCCUGGGCAGGAUGAACAGGACUAUGCCAACCUGGUGGAGGCCAUGGACAAGGAUUUGGACAGACCAGAGUUCACGACUGAAGAGCUGGGGUCAGCUCCCAGUGCUCAGACCAAAGGUGCUAAAGGGAAGGUACACCGCAAAGCCAAGGCACAGAGGAGGAGGGAGGAGGGCGAGGCCAGGCCAAAGGGAAAGACUCAAGGAGAGGAGCUGCAGAGGGAGGACAACGAUGACAGCUCUUCCACCACCACAGACACGGAGACCAGUUUCAAAGAGGAGCUGGCUAACAAGAAAAGGGGACCACUUACACUGGAAAAGGACAAAGAAGAAAUCCUAGAGCCUAGCUUAAAGCCCAAGAACAAGAAGCCCACCAUUACACAGGAGAAAAGCCAAAUGUCAAGUUCACUAGAGCUACCAUAUGUCACGCUUCUGGAAAACAAGAGAAAAGCCUUUAACUCCAAGAGUGUCAUAAACCAAGCACUAAGCAGUGCUUCAUCUGCGACAAACAAAGUUUUACCUUCAAAACCAAGAGUGCCUCGUGGUAAGCUGGAGGACCUGCAUCCCAGCCCCCUGCCCAAGGGCAGCAGCAGCAGUAGUGGCUCAGAAGCAGAGAGCAACACCUCUCCGCCUCCAGAGUGGGACUGUGUGCCACUAUACAAAACCAAUAGUGCCGUGGACAGUCUCCAGCAGAUCUCCAUGCAAACUAUGAAUGCAGACCCCUUCCUAAAAAGGCCUAUCAGGACCCCACCACCAUCCUCUGCCUUCUUCUCUAGCUGUGGGUCGGGCAGCACCACCAGUGACAUGGGGUCCAUGGCUGGCAGUAAAAGCAAACUUGCCAAAUCAGUCUCACUUCCUGGUCAAAAUGGGAACCCCACCUUUGCUGAUGUGGCUGCAGGCUAUGACAAAAGUCCUGGGGGCAGUAGUUCAGCUCGAGGAUCCCUGAGCCGGACAGGCCUGGGCCACAUGGCCUCUGUGGGCAGUGACUGUUCAGACAGCCCUGCACUGCUGAGCCCUAUUGGGAAUGGCAGAAGCCCUAGUUUGAACAAUUCAUUCUCAGCAUUUGGAACCAGCAACCUCUUCAACCUGUCUGGAGUGUUCAGCGAGAUGACGUCUGGGCGAGGGGUGGAACCACAGCAGAACUGGCCUGAGUUUGCUCCACCCACUUCCUCCUCCGUGUGGCCCACUGAACCACUGGAACCCUGGCCCCGUAGCUCCACUCCCAGCCCUUCCAAUGCCAUCCUAGGCAGCAACAGCCUGUGGUCAUCUAGCCCUCCCUUCAGCCAUUCCAUCUGGGCCACUAAUUCUGACUCCUACUCCCCGCCCUCUUCUUCACACCUGAUUGGCAGCCAUGACAAUGGAGGCCCCACCCCUUCCCAGACAGGCCCCACCUACAACCCCUGGAGUGUGUGGAGACCAACCUUAAAUCGGCGGAGCUCUGAGCCUUGGCCAAAUUCCUCAAAUAACGGCACCAAUUAGGGCGCUCACCGGCUUUUUGUGUGUGCGCAUGUGUACGUGCGUGUUGCUUUGUCCCAAUGCGCCACGUCUACUCUUAAGCAGUGACUUAAAUGCCUGGGUCUGAUGUGCAUGGAGGCUUGCAGAAAUCAGCCCAAGCCAUUGUUAAAGUACAAGUCUUGCUGAGAAGGAUCAUGGGGCAUGUGGGCAAAAGUUCCUCUUUCUUGAUCCAGGUUCACAUAUCUUUCUACCUCCUUGGUUGGUGUGAAAGGGGUAUAAGACAGAUGGGCUGAAGGCCAUUAUGUUCUUUAAUUUAUUUAUCUGAUGUUAACCUUAAAAUCAGAGCUACAUUUAUUCGACUGCAAUAACUGCGUAGCCUGGGCCAGUUCUCCUAUAAGGGAUUUUAACUGUUUAAGUAAAUAAAGACUUCUAAUUUGAGUAUUAGUGACCUGUAAAACAUCAAAUUCUUGGUUCAAGGUGUGCAGGAUUCCCCCCCCCCCCCCAGCAGACACCUGUAGUGGAUAUUUUGGUUGGCAAGAAACCUAUGUGCAAUCGUUCAAAAUCUGUUGUAGAACUCAGUUCCCUCAAGUGAAAAUUGGGUAACACUUUCUAUGAAGCUUGCAUCUAUAACGCCCAUACUUUCCUAUAAAGUGUAUUACUAUGGCUGAAGACUGUGAAAUAGCACUGAAGUGUCAUUAUACAUCUCUGCAAAACAAGUUGGCUAUGAUGCAUUAUGACAUUUGACAGAUAAGCAGGCUAAUGAUGACUUACAGUGCUUCAUAGAAAGUGUUACUGAAAAUUGCUUUUAAUUAUUGUGUACUUCAUUUUCCAGGCCUGACAAUAUGUUUAAGCCUUAUCAUUGCUAUUUUGAGGAGAAAACUCAGACUGUCAGUUAAGAAUGCACUUGACUGAAUUCCUAAGUUCAAAUGUGAUACUUGAAUUUUGAUAUCAGCUCUACUGUUGCUUGCUUUUGAUAUGUCUUUCAGAGACACUUGAGCCAAAAGGUAUUCUGUUUCCUGCAGAUUUCCAGGCCCAAAUUGGCGACAGAAUUUGAAGUUGUUUUAAAGCGAAUUCGUAAUCUGCAUCCAAUAUUUCAUAAUGUCACUUGCUCCUCAAAUAAAAGCAGAA